UUCAUCAUUCCAUAAUUCGGGUAACCCGUAAGGCGGCACCACAGUUUCAACUCGGAUUCGUCACUCGUUACUGAGUUCCAAAUUCUGAUUCUCAGAAUCAUGGUUCAAUACAGACUUCCUCAAAAAUUUUCCUUCGUUAUUGGUCUCGUGUUUUUAUCUUCCUUACUAUUUGCCCCCGCCGUACUUGCCAAAUCUCGUCGGCCCAUCUCCGACAUAGAGAUCAGGGAGAAGAAGGGCGAGUGUUAUGCUGAUAUCGAGAAUGGACUGUGGGGUCGGCAAUGCAAGGAAUCAACAAUAGCAAAAGAGAAUUGUGCCCUGCGAUGUCUUUCUCCAGCUUGCUAUGAACUCAUUUAUGGGGGUGAUCCGCUUGAAGAAGGAGAAAAAGAUUUUGUGAGGGGCCAAGAAUUCAAAUAUUGCAUGUACAACCAUAGGAAAAAAAUUGUGAAGCUACAGUCCUAGUUAACAACGACAAGGAUCGGAUUGUAUGGAAAUUGAAUAAGAAGGGAAGUUUCACUGUUUGGUCCUACUACAAGCAUUUGGUGAGAAGAGAGCGGGAAGAGGUCUCAAAUUUUCCAGCUGGUCAGAUUUGGAGGAUUAAUGCACCUCCUAGGGUUCCGUUUUUUGCUUCGGAGGCUUGCCGUGAAUGCAUUCUUACUAUUAAUUAGUGAAUGGUUAGAGGAAAGAUUGUGGUUAAUGGUUGUUAUUUAUGCAAGAAAGCUGCGAAAUCUUGUUAUCAUAUUUUCUUUUGAUGUCCAACGGCUUAUGAAUUGUGGAAGAUGAUCUACGGGCUGUUAGGCAUUGAGUGGGUGAUUGCGGGAUCAGUGAAGGAGGAGAUUUGGGCGUGGGAAGGUUUAUGUAAAGAAAGAAAAUUUGUAAAACGAAUACCUCUUACUAUUAUGUGGGUGAUUUGGAAAGAGAGGAACAAUAGGGUUUAAAGGGUGUUUGGGAUUAAGAUGUACAAGAUCAAGGAUAGGUGGUUUCAUUUUUUUGGAUCCUUGAUGUUGGGGCAUGAUAUAUAUAGGGUGGAAGAUUUUGGAAAUAUUAUAGAUAUAUUAACUAAUCUGUAAAUUUUAUAUAUGGUUGGUACCCCCUUGGUAUCGUUGUGAA